ACAACGUCGUAACUAAAUAAUAUUUCAAAUUUAUUUAAUUUCACGAACAGUAUUUUUCUCGUCCUAUUUCAGUAAUUAAAUCUGUUUCAUUAUCAUACAUUUCAAAUAUUGAUUUGUGUGAACUUCAAGUUAGAAUGCAAAACAAUUGGGACGAACAGAAUACACGUGCGCAAUAUUCCUAGAAAACUGAAAUCAGGACGUACAUACUUUAAACACUGACGGACUACCAACAAAAUUAACGAUCUUUGAAAUAUUUCUAAGAUCAACAAGGUGAGGAUCAUUCGACGCAAUACCGGCUUAACUGUAUAAAAUGUCGUCGCCGUCAACGUCGUCGGUGGAGUUGAUCGAGCAGAAAGUCGCCAGGUUUGAAUCGUUCAUUAACGACGUGCUCAAGGAGAGCCUGAAGCAGAUAUUCACCACGUUGGAGGUGGUGAACGAGGAGAUCAUGGACCUGGAGCAGAUGGAAAUGACCAUAGAGACGAUGACCCGGCUGGCGGCCGACGUGCCAGCUGGCAAACCGUUCAAGACCCGCGUCAACGUGGGAUGCGACUUUUUCAUGCAGGCGGACGUGGACGUGCAAAAGUUCAUGGUGUGCGUGGGCCUGGGCUGUUACGUGGAGUUCACCAAGGACGAGGCGCUGACGUUCAUCCGGUUCCGGGCCAAGAAGCUCAGGGACCAUGCGGACGAGCUAAGGGACAAGGGGGCUCGGGUCCGUGCCCAAAUCACCCUGGCGUUGAACUGCAUACAACAGGUGCAGGGUUUAUAGACGAUCGCAUUGCAGCCUAACGUGUCGUUACGAUGUCGCGGUGCUAUCUGGCGUGCACGUAAUGUGCAUAAAGCGUGAGCGUCAUUGCGUGAACAACGCUCAUAUUAUAUUGCGUACUGGUUUUUGUUUUUUUUUCUUUCUAUCGCAUCGUAAAUGAAUAAUGAUAAUAUUUUUUUUUUCCAAUUUUUGUGUCCAUUUUUCACUGCAUUACAAUAUCGUAUUCCCAAUAAAACAA